UGUCAAUCAAUGUUGAACGCUGACGGGUGUUGAAGUAUGGCGGGAGGGAACCUCAACAACAUGAAAGCAUACAAAUGAAACUCAAGAUGUGACGAUACGCAGAAGAACCCUAUUGUAAAGACUAUUUGUGGUCAUGGUGGUCUUGAGAGAAGGUAUCUGCCCUGGAUUGAAUGAAGACUUCAUCAAAGCUUUACAGGCAGAAGACAUCAGGACAGUUGAAGACUUUGUCUCAUCUAACCCAGAAGAACUUGCACAAAAGUGUUCAUUGUCUUAUAAGGCUCUAGUAGCUGUCCGGCGUGUGCUCUUGGCUCAGUACACUGCUUUUCCUGUCUCUGGAGCUGAUCUCUACGAGGAGCUGUUGAGCUCCACUGCAAUUCUGUCCACUGGCAGUCCCAGGUUUCAACCAGUGCACAAAUCUGUAUUUCAUAUAAACAUAAUAAUAAGGUAUUUUAUAUUCAGGCUCUGUGCCAUACUGCAUUGUCUUGUCUUCAGUUUGGAUAAGCUCCUAGAUUCUGGGCUGUACACAGGGGAAAUAACUGAGCUGACAGGAAGUCCAGGGAGUGGGAAAACACAGGUGUGUCUUAGUGUUGCAGUCAAUAUAUCCCACCAGCUGAAGCAGAGUGUGUUUUACAUCGACACAAAUGGUGGCAUAUGUGCAAACCGACUUCUUCAGAUGCUACAAACCAAGACCUCUAAUAUGGAAGAGCAGAUGGAGGCUCUUCAAAAAAUCAAGGUAUUCAGAGUAUUUGAUGUCUACUCCUUGCUUUCAAGCCUUCAACAUCUAAGAUCUAAUGGCCUUCAGAAGGCCUCCAUUGGAGGUGGUUCAGUCAAAGUGUUAAUGGUGGAUUCAGUCUCUGCAGUGCUGUCAUCCAUGCUCGGAGGAAAACAAAAUGAGGGUAUGUCGCUGCUGAUGCAAGUUGCUGGCGAGUUGAAGAUGAUCGCUAAAGACCUCAACCUUGCCAUUCUGGUGACAAACCACGUGACCAAAGAUGGAAAUGGACAAUUGAAAGCUGGACUUGGACAAUCAUGGAGCCAUGUUCCACGCACACGUGUACUCCUGCAGAGAGUGGAGAGCCCAGGAGCUUCGUCCACUAGCUUACGAACCGCAACUCUGACCAAAUCGUCACGACAGGCUUGUCAUCUGGUAGAGGAGUUUGAUCUCUGUCACUGGUCUGAAGAGAUGAGGACCUCCAUUUCUGGCAAAAGGAAACUAGAAAGCAGUUAAUCAUGACAAUCUGAUAUUUUAAUUGUUUAGAUAACAACACGAACUUCCGUGUUGUCAGAUAAUAUUUAUAAAGUCAGUGUAAAUAUGUUAUUUCAUACGCAUCCAUGUGGGAGGCUAAUACAUAAUAGGUUUCUACUGUAAUCUUGUACAGAAGUGAUUGUAAGGAUACAAUUAUACAUCUCGGAUAACACCAGCCUAUUUUGUCAUUAUCUACAUACUUUAAGUCACUAAGGUUUCAUAUUCUGUGUUUUUACAUUUUUCUUUUCCAUAAUGUUGGUACUUUAAUUUUCUGGCCCACAUCAAUUGAACAAUUUGAAAAAGUGAAGAGUGAAAUAUGGACUUAGACCCUCAGUAUUUUCCUCAAAAACCCCACUGGCCCUGCCCUUUAGAAUGCGAAAGCAAAGAUAUCACCCUGAUUAGAAAAAUGGUGCAAAUUAAUGCUAUUGCUAUGCAGACAUUCAUAACACACAAUCACUCAAUGGAGAAAUGCGGUUCCCUGUUGUGUGCUAGGCGGACUUGAUUCAGGCACAUAUCAGUUUUCUUUGUGCAUAAAAGGCUUUUUUUAAUUAGAAUGAUUGGAGGAGUCGAAAUUACACAACUACCAUUAUUACGCUAACAGGCUCUUACCCAAUUUUCAUUCUACACAAUUAUUAAUUCCACAAUCAUGCUUCCUGGCUCGUACUAUUUUAUUGCUAAUCACAUGUCCUAUGCUCAAGAGCAUACUCUUGAACAAACAUCUUUGCAAAAAACGAUAAAAGGCUGUGCAUCAUGAAGUCAAAUAUUACUGCUUGAAUGACAACUUUGACCAAUGACACCAAAAGGCCUAAAAAUCAUAAAUAUGAAAAACCAUAGUGAAACAUAUCACUAAGGCAAUGUCAAAACCAAAACAAUCUUGAAAGUUAGGAAAGUUGUAAGUUUCUAGUACAAUGUGCGCAAUUCCACAAUACGGUAAAAGUGAUGUAAAAAAAAACAUUCUGCUCAGUUGUCUUCAUUGACAGCUUUAUUGCUAUAGCUGUAGGUGCACUGAUACAUGUUUGCUGUCUGCUGGGUCCAGUAAAGUCUGCAGAAAGACAGCAGAAAAAUGUUAGUUGCUUUGAAUCACAGGAGCAUCAUGGAGUUUUAAAAAGGUAAUGCAGAAAUGGUUUGAAUGUAAUAUUAGCUUGCUCUAAAGUUAAGUAGGUUGAAUUAGGGACAAUUUAACUUAAACUUUUAAGUUACACAAACUAAUUUUGCACAUAAGCAAGUUGGUGUUAGCAUUACAGUAGUCUACUUGGGUUGUCAUGCAAUAAAGUUUAAUCUCACUCUCUUCAUUCGGAUGUAUGACGCACUUACCCAUUAAGAAUGGUGGAGAGGUGACAGACAUACCAAGUCACAACAAGUCUCUCUCUCUGAUUCGCUGUCAUGUUGAGCUUGCCGAAAUAACAACAGGACUAACGUGUGAACAUAAAUGAUAAGAGAGUGAUUUAGGAAGCAAUUCAUGGAGUAACUUUACCUUGUAAAAGUACAUGAUUGUGUAUUUUUCCAAUAUCACAUUUAUCCCUCGAGGCUUGCCGUAGAACGCAUAAUUCAGUGAGUAAAGAAAUUAAGUUAAAUAAAAACAGACUGUAGUAUCUCCGCUUUCUGAUUUCAUUAAUCAUUUAAGUGUAGAGAAAAACAUUUAGGGCUGUUUCCCCAAAAGCGUUGCAAGCUUAAUUUGAUCACAGAGAUCAUUUGUGCCAAAGGUUUCUACGAUCUACUUAGGAUUAAUGACUUUGGUCAUUAAUCUUACAGUUCAAACACAAUCGAUGUUUAAUCACUGACCCUUAACACUUAGUUUAAUAAUUUUAAACCAAGAUUUUAACUAUACAUAAUUAAUAUUUACAUUACAUUCAAAAUGUUAGCCAGAGGGGAACUGGCCCCCACAGUGAGUCUGGUUUCUCCCAAGGUUAUUUUUCUCCAUUAAUCAACAUCUUAUGGAGUUUUGUGUUCCUUGCCACAGUCGCCUACAGCUUGCUCACUGGGGUUAUUAAUACAAUUAUCAUUUAAUUAUUUUUAAACACUAUUAAAAAUCGUAUUUUAUCGAAAUUACACAAUGAUGAUUAAUCGACUUUAUAGACAUUACAGUUUUAUCGUCUGUUAAUGCUGAUAUUCUGUAAAGCUGCUUUGAAACGAUGUGUGUUGUGAAAGGCACUAUACAAAUAAAAUUGACUUGACUUGAUUACAAUUCUAGGGAAGCCUAGAUCAGCUUGACAUCUUGACAGUGCUUCUGUAAAAGAGUCUCUUUGGUUACUUCACGAGAACAGAAGAGCCAGCCUCGCCGACAAAAUGUUUUUUUCUAUCACGUUGGAUUCUUUUUACCCAUUGCUGGAACCAUUAACUCAACAGGGAGACCCAAUAGUCAAGAGAAAGAUGACC